AAACGUAGGCCUGCUAAGGACUUGUUUUUGAUUAAUUUAUACGAUGUAAGAUGCUGAAUAACCUUCUCAGAGCCGAUUUAUAGUUAAUAUACGUAGGUUAGUUUCUGAAAUGAUGCAAUAAUCAUUAAAAAUUUGUCAGGUGUGUUUGAGAAGUUGAGAUCACCAAAGAUUACUUACAGCUGCGGCGGUUUCUUCAGAGGGUUGUAGACCACGACACUCCUUCCAAACCCGCCCGAAGCCAAGAAUGGACCGAAACCUUAAAAUAAAUAUUAUUUUGUAUGUUACCUUCAUUAUCUCAGUUUCCACACUUACAGAAAGCAGAUUAGUUUACAGCCUCGGAGGCUCUAGUUCAAUAAACCCCAAUAAACCUAGCAGGACUCAUGGAGACAUCCAAGCUCAACACUCUGAUGUCAAACGGCAGCAGAGCGCGCAGCCCCGGCCUCUGGUGGUCAACUGUUACCCGGACUCCAUGGAGGUGGUGGUGCAGGCGGACAUGUUUGAUACAGGCCUACAGGUGGAGGGCAGAAACCUUCACCUCGGCUCUGAUACUACAGGCCAAAGGAGUUCAUGUGGAGCAGGGCCGUCGGGAGAGGCUGAAUUCACUAUACGGACCAAGCUUAUGGACUGUGGGACUAAACUCUCAUCAAACAAAGAGAAGAUCAUCUAUUCUAAUGUUCUGGUCUACUCUCCUGAGCCUUCUCAUGAUGGGUUGCUUAGACUGGAUGGAGUGUCCAUUCCAGUUGAAUGUCAUUAUAAAAAGAAGUAUGCAGUGGAUGGCAUUUCCUUGCUUCCCACCUGGGUUCCCUCUGUCUCCACGGCCUCAGCAGAGGAUCAAAUAGACUUCACCCUGCUCCUCAUGACUGAUGAUUGGCAGUUUGAAAGAGGAUCUUAUUCCUACUUCCUGGGUGACCCUAUACGUAUCCAAGUGUCAGCCAUUGUUCGUAAACACAUUCCCCUGCGGGUCUAUGUUGACCACUGUGUUGCCACACCAACUCCUGAUGCACACAAAACUUUAAGAUACGACUUUAUUGAGCAUAACGGCUGCCUCGCUGAUGCCUACCUGACAAACUCCAAAUCUCAUUUCCUUCCGAGACUUGAGGAGCACAAGCUGAGAUUUCAGCUUGAUGCCUUUAAAUUCUACCAGGAAAACAGCAAUCGGAUCUACAUAACCUGCCACGUGAAGGCUGUUCCAGUCGGGUUAGCCGUGAGUUCACAGACUAGGGCCUGCUCUUUCACUGAGAACAGUUGGCGAUCCAUUGAUGGGAACGACCAGGCUUGUAGAAGCUGUGAUAUCACCCAUCGAGCAGAGAAGCCUCCACCAACCGAGCUUCCUACAGCCAUAACCAGCACCAAAGCCCAGCCCUUCAUGAACCCACAGAGGAGUUUAGUCCAGAAAUUACAGGAGCACUCCCCGUCUACUUUUGUCCGUGUUCGUCCAGGAAUGCGGCUGAGAGGCCACAUAAAACCUCAGUACUCCUCUGCUGGGAUCAUGAAGAGAGGAGCAGAGCAAACUAUCCAGACUGGACCCAUUACUAUCCUCCAAACCAGCAAAACUGACACAAGACCAACAGAUUCCAAAACAUUUUAACACGGAGCAGGAACUCCUGAUAGCACAGCAAAGACUGAAAAACAUUUGGACACAAGUUCCUUGUGAGUUCUCAUCAAUUUGAAUCACAGGUUUUUGUACUGUAAAAUAUCGACAAAUAUCUCAGUUUACAGUGUUAUAGCUCUGGUAUUUCUGUAUAAAUCUAGUUUUUUUUUUCAAUAAAUCUUUUACUUUA